AAAUGGAGCAGUCAAGUAUGAACUCCGGCGAGUUUCCGGCUGGUUUAAGAGUUCUGGUUGUUGAUGAUGACGUCACUACCUUGAAGAUAAUUGAGCGAAUGUCUGUUCGCUGCCAUUAUCGCGGAGUAUGUAUGAAGCCAACAUGUGAAGUUUGACAUGAAGCUGAUGCGAAAGAAGGGGAAAGUGUCGACCGAAAGUUUGAUUUGCAAAGUGAAAUGGGCUACACUACGAUUGAGGUUGAAGCCCGCAGUGUUAGAUUGAUAUCUUAAUAUGUUUUUAGUAACUAUUGUUGUUGACAUGCUCGUUAUAGGCAGAAGUAACUAACAUAUAAGUGGCAUGAUGACAGACAAUCAAAUAUGAAUAUAAUGACAUGUAUAAAUAUAAGUGUUUUCAUGAUGGAGAUGGAGAAGAGGUCGGUAACUUCAAAUCUGAACUAGAAACAUAUUAAUGCUCCUAGAGAUUAGGUACACCAUCAUUUGUCAGUUUCCAGUAAUUUUGCUUUAAAUCAAGUUUAAUAUUCAAAGUCCUAUAAUCAUCUUUUUAUUCUAAUUGUUUUCUGUUAUUGCCUUUGCCGCUGCAUUCGAUUGCCACUUUGUCUUUUGUACUAUUCAUUUUAGUUGUUUCAAAUUUUAACCAAGUCUUACUUCAAACUUGCAUUCUUAAAUAUGUUUACUUACAUACUUAAAAAAUAAAUCACUAUGAAGUUUAAUGUUUAUUCAUCUAUUUAUUUGUAGGGUUAACUAUAUUUUUUCUUUGCCGUUAUAAAAUUUGAUAAAUUUCUAUUUUUGUCUCUAUUCAAAUUUAGGGUUCAUUAGAUGGACAUGAUAUGAAAUUGAAUCAUUGAUAAAUCAAAUAAGAGAGUUGAAUAAUAGGAGGUUCAAAUACGAACAUGAUAAGUUCUUAUCGUAUUUCAUAUGUAAUAUGCACAGUUUAAUCCACCAAAUAGUAUAUGCUAUAUCCAAUAUUAAGUUUGAGUCAGAUUAGAUAAUGACAUUAUAUGAUGAAAAUUAUAAUUAAACAACAAAAUCACCCGUAUGUCAAGUGUUGUUGGUAGAGGUGGAUCAGCUGUGGCGAUGGAAAUUGCAAACUGUGCUGGGUGGUAAAGUUAGUGUUUGAGAAUAUCAGGUUGCCAAUGGAGGACGAUUUGAAUAUCUGUAGUGGUGGAUGGUCUUAAGUGGCAAUGAGAAUGGUGGAGGGUGCAGAGUAGCAGUGGCAAAUGGUGAUAGGUGGUGAAGACAGCUGUAGAGGGUAUUGAUCAAUGAUUAUUGAAGGUGUCAGGUGUGGUGACACGAGAGGGUGCUAGUUGGCGUAUGUCGCCAUGGGGGAGGGUGGGUAAAGGAAAAAAGUGCGUGUCACCGUCACUACAUGCUCUGAGGCUACUGCUGCUUUAAAAAUUCUGCGGGAAAGGAAAGGCUGUUUUGAUGUUGUGUUGAGUGAUGUUCAUAUGCCAGACAUGGAUGGCUAUAAACUCCUUGAACAUGUUGGGUUGGAAAUGGACCUUCCUGUUAUUAUGAUGUCUGUUGAUGAUAGGACAAGUACUGUCAUGAAGGGAAUUAGACAUGGGGCUUGUGAUUAUUUUAUUAAGCCCGUACGUUUGGAAGAACUUAGGAAUAUAUGGCAGCAUGUUGCUAGGAAAUUUUUGAAUGAAAGUAAAGAACAUGAUAAUUCUAGCAGCAGAGAAGAUAAUGAUCGCAAUAACAUUUCUUCUGCUGCUGGUGCAACAAAAGGAAUAGUUAAAGAACAAAAAAAGAGAAGCAAUUUAAAAGAUGAAGAAGAUGUUGAAUUGGAGAAUGAUGAUCCCUCUACAUCUAAGAAGCCUCGUGUAGUGUGGUCAGUGGAACUGCAUCAACAAUUUGUCAGUGCUGUGAAUCAACUAGGACUUGACAAGGCUGUACCAAAGAAAAUACUUGAAUUGAUGAAUGUCCCUGGUUUGACUAGAGAAAAUGUUGCGAGUCAUUUGCAGAAAUUUAGACUUUAUUUGAAGCGAUUAAGUGGAGUGGCACAGCAACAGAAUGAGAUGCUAAACACAGUUCCCGGGACUAUAGAAUCCAAACUAGCUGCUGCUGAAAGAUACAUACAAACUGUGGCUGCUUCCGGCUAUGUUUCCCCUGAAACACUUGCAGCCCUUCAUGCUGAACUCUUAGGUCACCCGGUAACUAACAUAGUGCCUACAGUGGAUAGGACUACGCUAAUGCAAGCAUUUGAACAGGAGCCAAAACACUCUGGUGCUGAUGACCAUGAUGUAGCAUCUGGUCAGCCUCUUGCAAAAUGUCCUUCCAACAUUGUCAAUAAUUUCCCUCAGUCCAUCUUAAAAGUAGAUAAUUCAUCGUUAGGAUAUGGAGCAUGGCCGCCAUCUGAUACACUUGGUUCAGUCUCUAGGGGAAGUUUAGGCGUUCCGAAUAAUAACAUGGUGAUAGAUAUAUUGCAGCACCAUCAAAAGCAUCAACAUCAACAAAAACAACAGAAGUCACCGAUACAUGAUCAAAAUCAAUCAAUCAAUGUUCAACCAUCUUGCUUAGUGGUUCCUGCUCAAUCUUCUGACACUUUCCAGGAAGUAAAAUCUGUUGCUUCUGUCAACAAGGAUUGCAGUUUCAGCAGAAAUGCCAUUAUUGAUUAUAGUCAACAAUCACAAAAAUCAAAUAUUUCAUCCAGUACAUCUCAAUAUCUUGGCAGGGACACCAAAUCUACCUCCAUUUCUCCUCUAAUGUCCUCUUUUUCAGUUGGCUCCAGCAAUAGCAAUAUUCAGCAGAUUCAAAACUCAACUUCAACAUUUGGUGCUGCGAGACCAUUGCCUAGCCUUCUGCCCAUGACAUUUAGACAAGUUCCAUAUGAUAUUAAAUCCAGUGAUUCACUUGAUCAAGUAUGUCUUAGGAAUCCUAGAUUUGUUGGGAAAGGUAACCACAUAUCAAGUUUUGAAAAUGAAAUUGAAUCAUCUGCAAGUGAUUUUAGUCAUAUGAAAGUAUUCGUAGCUUGCAAUGGUAACACAGUGAAGGAGGAACCAAAGGAGGAACCAAAUUUUAUCAGAUAUUCAAAUGUGAACCAUCCAGUUCUAUAUAAUUAUCCAUCUCAUGAUCAUUCAAGUGCAUCCACUUAAUAGGUUAAAAUGGAGAGGAGAAGACCUUUCCUCUAAAGGUACAUAUUGCUCUAACUCUCUAUAAAGGUCAGUAUUUAUGAAUGUUAGUUAAUCCUCAGUAGCUGCAGUGCACAUGUAACUUGGAAUGCUUAUAUAAUUUAUAAAAUAGUUUGUAGGGAAAUAAAUUUUUAUCAGAUUUCAACUGAUUAAAAUAUAAUGUAAAGUUGGUUCUUAUGGCUUCUUUGUUCAUAAUGUUAAAUGUAAUAUGUAGCAUUAACUAUCAACUCCUUAGAACUGUUAGUAGGAGAUAUCAUAAUGUUAAAUGUAAGUUGGUAUUCUUA